AUGACGGUAUCCAGCAAAAGCCUGGACACUCGUUAUCUUGAUUAUGCUGCAGCACUUCUCAGACAUCAUUUUGAUCCCGUUCUUGUAAACCCAGCACUUUGGGAGGCCAAGGUGGAAGGAUUGCUUAAGCGUAGGAUUCAAGACUGGCUUUGGGCAACAAGGAAACAGCUCCAGGCGACGGAAAACCAGCUGCCUUCAUCAGAAACUCACGGGUGGCAUUUCUAUGGGGAAUCGACACAAGAGAUAAUCAGGUCUACAAAUCUUAUAAUUCUGCUAGAGGAUGAAAUCUUCGCAGACUUUUUCAACACAUUCCUUUCUCUCCCGGUUUUUGGUCAGACACCAUUUUAUACUGUUGAAAAUUCACAGUGGAGCUUGUGGCCAGAAAUACCUUGUAACUUGAUUGCCAAAUACAAAGGAUUAUUGACCUGGUUGGAAAAAUACCGAUUACCUUUCUUCUGUAAAACAAACUUGUGUUUCCAUUACAUUCUCUGUCAGGAGCUCAUCAGUUUCAUUAAGUCCCCAGAAGGAGCCAAGAUGAUGAGAUGGAAAAAGGCAGACCAGUGGCUACUCCAGAAAUGCAUUGGCGGGGUCAGAGGGAUGUGGCGCUUCUGCUCCUACCUCACAGGCAGUGCAGGUGAAGAACUGGUGGAUUUCUGGAUUCUUGCUGAGAAGAUCCUGAGCAUAAAUGAGAUGGACCUGGAAGUGAGAGACCACUACCUGUCCCUCCUCCUCAUGCUGAGGGCCACUCAUCUGCAAGAGGGGUCCAGGGUAGUAACCCUCUGCAACAUGAACAUCAAGUCCCUCCUGAACCUCUCCAUCUGGCAUCCCAACCAGUCAACCACUAGGAGGGAGAUCCUAAGCCACAUGCAGAAAGUGGCUCUGUUCAAACUCCAGAGCUACUGGCUUCCUAACUUUUAUACCCACACCAAGAUGACUAUGGCCAAGGAGGAAGCAUGCCAUGGUCUGAUGCAGGAGUAUGAGACUCAAUUAUACAGCGUUUGCUACACUCACGUAGGAGGGCCUCCUCUGAACAUGAGCAUCAAGAAGUGCCACCACUUUCAGAAACAGUACUCAUGCAGGAAAGCCAAGAGGAAGAUGUGGCAAUUGGUAGAUCCUGACUCUUGGUCUCUGGAAAUGGACAUCAAGCCAGAUACUAUCAGUAUGCCCCUACAGGAGACACGUUCUCAAGAGAAGGUGAUUAUACAAAUGCCUUCCCUGAAAAUGUCUUCUUCAAAGGAAACAAGAAUCAGUUCCCUGGAAAAGGAUAUGCAUUACGCAAAAACACCCAGCAUGAAGGAUAAAGCCAACAGCCACCUUCACAUGGAGGGUCUCUUUGAGACAAAGGUCUCUACCCACCUGAGGACUGUCACCCCCAUCGUCAACCCCUCCUUCAAGAUGACAAUUCAGAAGGCCAUCAAGCAAGGCUUCUCCUUAGGAUACACCCACUUGGCCUUGUGUGCUGAUGCCUAUGCAGGGAACCCUUUCCGGGACCACCUGAAGAAGCUGAAUUUGAAAGUGGAGACCCAACUUCUUGACCUCUGGCAGGACCUGCACCAUUUCCUCAGUGUCCUUUUGAAUAACAAGAAGAAUGGGAAUACAAUCUUUCGUCACUUGCUGGGUGACAGAAUCUGCGAGCUCCACCUGAAUGAACAGAUUGGUCCACGCUUACCACUCAAAUCCCAAACCAUGCAGGGCCUGAAGGAACUCUUGCCUUCUGGAGAUGUGAUUCCGUGGAUUUCCAAAGCCCAGAAGGAGAUUUGCAAGAUGCUCAGUCCCUGGUAUGAUGAAUUCCUGGAUGAAGAGGACUACUGGUUUCUCAUUUUUACAACACAGAACAAGUUCAUCAGCUCCAGACGGCAUAAAAGAGAAUUUAUGGACAAAGAAGAGAGCAUUCUUCUUUAUAAGAGGAUUCAGCAGUCUUUGGAGUUAAGCCAGGCUUUGGCUGACAUGAAGGAAAUGGACGCUAAGCAGUGGAGAAAGAUAGCUACGGAGGACCUGAGACGAGGAGGGUCUCUCCAGGUGGAGCUGACGCCUCCAGUGUUUCUUACAGACAUCACUAAAAUGUCCUUCGAGGAACUCUGCUACAAGAAUCCAAAGAUGGCCAUAGAGAAGAUCAGUGAUGACUACAAAGUAUACUGUGAGAAAGCACCGAAAAGCGAUUUUGCAAUGGAAAUUUUCAAGAAACAAAAGAGAGCUUCACGCUCAAACAGGAAAAUGUCCUUCCUCAAAAAAUCUAGUGUAAGGAAGCCAUCAGUGAGACCCAGAAAUUUGACAGAAGUCCUCUUAAAUACACAGCACUUGGAGUUCUUCAGGGAGUUCCUCGAAGAACGGAAGGCUGGAAGCCCAUUGCAAUUCCUGAUAGCUGUACAGAAGAUCAGUAUAGAGACCAAUGAAAAGACGUGCAAGUCUCUCAUAGAAAAAGUAGUCAACACUUUCUUCCAUGGCCACCUCUCUCCUGAAGAAAUGCUGCAGUGUGAUGCCCCUAUUAUCAAAGAAAUCACUCACAUGCAUCAUGUGACCAUGACCAAAUUGUUAGAGCUCCAGGGACAUAUUAUGAAAUCUAUAGAAGAAAAGUGGUUUAAAGAAUAUCAAGACCUGUUCCCACCUCACUCUCAGGAGGUGGAAGUACAAAGUGAAGUACAACCUUCAUCUAGGAAAGCCUCAAAGACAGUGUCAACUUGCCUACAGGAAUUCCAGAAGAAAGGCUGGCUGAGAAUGAUCAGCUUUAUCAGGAGCUUUUGCAAGUACCGCAGAUUUAUGUCGAAUCCUAGUAAGCGCCAGGAAUUUGAAGACUAUCUUCACCAGGAAAUGCAAAAUAGCAAGGAAAAUUUCACCUCACCACACAGCACAUCGGGACGUUCAGCUCCAUCCACCGCAAACGUCCGGAGUGCAGACCAAGAGAAUGGAGAAACAACCCUUGUAAAGCGCCGUAUAUUUGGCCACAGGAUUAUCACUGUCAACUUUGUGAUCAAUGAUCUAUAUUUCUUUUCCGAAAUGGAGAGAUUUAAUGAUCUGGUGAGUUCAACCCAUGUGCUGCAGGUCAACCGGGUAUACAACGAGAAUGAUGUGAUCCUAAUGCGCUCCAAAAUUAACAUUAUCCAAAAGCUCUUCCUGAACUCUGACAUCCCUCCAAAGCUGAGGGUCAAUAUCUCUGAAUCCCAGAAGGAUGCCAUCCUUGCUGCCAUCACAGAGGGCAACCUAGAUCGGAGCGUAUUCCACGGGGCUAUCAUGUCUGUCUUCCCCAUCAUUAUGUACUUCUGGAAAAGGUUUUGUUUCUGGAAGGUGACCCGCUCUUACUUACAGCAUAGGGGGAAGAAGUUCAAGGACAGAAAAAGCUCUCCUAAAUCUGUGGACAAGUAUUCCUUGUGGAGUGGAGGAGACAAUGCCAUCUUAAGGUUCACCUUGCUCAGAGGUAUUGAGUGGUUGCACCCUCAACGGGAAGUCAUAAGUUCAGCUCAAAAUUCUUCAUCAAGCAACUUUACUCAGCCAAGAUUCAUGAUAUCUGCCAUGCAGCUGUAUCCUGUCCAGGGGUAGGCAUGAGCCGGAAAUCUUCUUCAGUUCAGAGCUGCUAUGUCCAGCCGUGCAAUGGGAGAGGGGAUAGAUCUUCUAGAGACUAGCUUCGAACCCUGCCUCUUCUUGGCAUGCAGAACCUAGAAAUUGAGCUUGCUGCGUCUGGAGGGAAAUUAAGGAGGGGUUUCUCUGUGUUUCUCACCUCCAACUAGGACCGGCACUUUUAAGAAGUUGGAGUCUCUGACCCACUUUUCAGUAGAACACUGCUGCUGGUGGAAGCGUCCCAGAUGAUCUUGUAUUUGUAUCUGUUAAUGUUUUUAGGUUUAAGGAGUUCGAGUGCAGUUUCGUUACAUGGAUAUAUUUGGAAGUAACGAAGUCUGGGGUUUUAGUGUAGCCAUCAUCCAAACACUGCACAUUGUACCCAUUAGAUAAUUUCUCAUCCCUUACCCACCUCCCACUCUCCCACCCUUCCACAUCUCCAUUGUCUAUUACUUUGCUCUCUAUGCCCAGGUGUAAUUAUUAUUUAGCUCCCACUUAUAACUGAGAACAUGCAGUAUUUGACUUUCCAUUUGAGUUAUUUCACUUAAGAUAAUGGUCUCCAGUUCCAUGCAUGUUGCUGCAAAAUACAUGAGUUUACCUUUUUAUGACUGAUUAGUAUUAUAUUGUAUAUAUGUCCUACAUUUUCUUUAUUCAGAUGGUCUUUUAUUGCCAGCUUCCUGAAUAUUCCAGCUGUUUAGGGCAGGGUGUGUAAGGUGGGAAAAGAAAGAUCUGUUCUUCUGCUUGGCAGGAUAUUGGCAACAAGAACAGAAGGGACUUAAGUCUGUUAAAAUCUGCUUCAGCCUACCUCACUUCUGUACAAGCUUCCAAGUGAAACUGAUGCUAAGUUAGGGCUCUGGAAGAAUCCUCAGGGGUCCUGAAAACCAUAGCUGGGAGUGCCAAAGAGUCGUUUGAGGGCCUAAGUGGCUCCAUGUCAACACCAGCUUUAGGUGAUUCAUGUUCAGAUAGUUUGAGGUCAUAUGACAUACCACUUUCUAAACUCUGUACCCGUAAUUUUAGUCAUAUGUAAAUGAAGUAGACGGAAUACCAACAGGAAAAAAAGGAAUCCUUAACAUCUAACAUCUGACUUGGACUACAUACAGGGUAUCCUGAGUAUACUUUAUUUCUAGUAAUGAUUAGAAUACUAAGUAAGCCCUUAAAUCUGGGGGUCAUUCCAUACCCUGUUUCUGGAAUAUGCACUACGGAUAAGUGUCCCUGACCACUGUUUACAACCAUAAGCCCAGGGUGGGGGCUGCAUUCUCUGACCAAGACUUGUUUUUAUUUAUUUUUAUUUUAGUUUUGUUUUUAUGACCAAGGCCCAUUUAAAAAAAAAAAAAAAAAAAAAAAAAAAAAA